AUGAGUAGCCUUGCGGUGCGGCGACCACAACGUGGGUUAAAAAUAGCGGAGCCAUUGAAUGGCGAUUCAGCGCCGUUCCUCACGCGACCGCAUAAUUCCAACAGAACAAAGCUGGAGCACUCCUACGCCACACGUUUUUUCGGCGCGGGCGGGUCGCAGCGCAUCCACGUAACGGUGAGCGCGCAACGACAUCCAGAUGCGGGCGUC